GCGGAUUGGUCGGAGACGGAGCUGGGAAUUGUGGGUCUGUGCGCGGUGCUUGUUGGUUAUUUUUGUGUUUAGCUCGAAUUAUAUUGUUCCUGACAAUUCUUGUGCUCCAGGAGUUGAUGGCUACCCUGUGCAGAAACGUUAAUCGAUUGACGAACUUAAUGGAACAGUUUUUGAUUCCACUGUCAUGCCCUGGAUUUGUACGAUUGAAGUUUACCAAGGCUCGCAUUCCCAAAAAGAUGUUUGAAGUUUCACCAUUGGAUCAUGCAAGAUAUGGUGGUGAUCCAGACUGUCCACACCAACUGCACAUUAUUACCAGAAUAAAAUGUACAAAACGCCGUCCAUAUUGGGAAAAAAAGAUUGUCCAUGAUCUUGGGCUGGACAAGUCACAUCAGCCACGGAUCCAUAAGAAUGUUCCAUCUAUUAAUAAUAAACUAAAAAUCAUCAAGCAUCUUAUAAGAGUGCAACCCCUGAAAUUGCCACAGGGACUUCCAACAGAGCAAGAACUAGCUGACAGUUACCUGAAGAGCACUGGGGAAUUAGUAAUAAGACGCCACCUGCAACCAUUGGAAUAAAAACACCACUAGAUCUGAAGUUGCUUUUUGUCUUACUUGUAUGUGAAAUAAAUAUUCAGUUAUGUUUCUAUAAAGUUUGUCUUAAACAUUGAGUGGAAGGAAAUGCUGCAUAAUUCUGUUAUUCGACGCUGACCUUAAAUACACCAGAACUGUAAUACCUACCAGUCUAAAUGUGUAUUAGUUUUUUGAUAGAAUAUUUUUGACUUCAAUGUUGAAAGACGUUUCCUUGAAAGCUUUCCACAUCGAUAAAACAAGUAUAAAAUUUUAAUGAUUGCUAUGUGACUAUUGAAAAAUAAAAUAAUGCGUUUAGUGUUUUCAA